AUGAAUUCUAUCGAAGAGAAAAUAGAAAACGAGGAUAGGGACAAAAUCACAAUUAUUGGGCUGCAGCUGUCGACGCGACCUGCUGUCCCGAUGCAUGGACCGACGCCUGGAUCUUGUCAGGUCACAAUAAAGCAUCGUAUUCCGAACUUGACCAGCUGCUAUAGCUCAGGAAUCUCUAUCUUUGGUUGGUUUGGACUGGGCAUAUGGAGUGUCGGUGUGCUCACCUACUUCCUCCUGACUGGCGUUUCUCCCUUCCUUGCUGAUGAUAAAUCAAUCACUAUGGACAACAUCACGCAUUGUCGGCUUGAAUUUCCAGACGACCUCUUCUCCCACAUUUCUCCUGCCGCCAUUGAUUUCAUCAAGAAAUUGCUGCAAAAGAAGCCAGGGUCAGUAACCGAUUUACUAUUUUCAUAUCGUAUCUGCCCAAAAGCCCUACUCUAUUCGGCCACACUGAUUCUCAUGGCUUUGAUAUUUGUUAAAAUGGCUAUUUGA